AUGGGGACGCCGGAGACGUCGCGGGAGCCGUGCCCGGACCGGAUCCUGGACGACGUCGGCGGCGCGUUCGGGAUGGGCGCCGUCGGCGGCUCCGCCUUCCACUUCAUCAAGGGCAUCUACAACUCCCCCAACGGGAUGCGCCUGUCCGGGGGCGCGCAGGCCGUGCGCAUGAACGCGCCGCGCGUGGGGGGAAGCUUCGCCGUCUGGGGCGGCCUCUUCUCCACCUUCGACUGCGCCAUGGUGUACGCGCGCCAGAAGGAGGACCCCUGGAACUCCAUCGUCGCUGGCGCCGCCACGGGCGGGUUCCUCUCCAUGCGCCAGGGCAUGGGCGCCGCGGGCCGCUCCGCGCUCAUGGGCGGGAUCCUCCUGGCCCUCAUCGAGGGCGCCGGCCUCAUGCUCAACCGCGUCCUCGCCAACCCGCCGCUGCCCGCCGACGACCCCAACCUUACGGCGGCCAUGGGCGGCAACCCUUUCCCGGGCCUGCCGCAGGCGCCGCUGGUCGUGGCACCUCCGGAAGCGGCGAGCUCCAGCGUCCCGGGUGGGUGGUUCGGGGGACUGUUUGGCAGGAAGGAGGAGGAGAAGAAACCCAGCGCGGGCGGGGGCAAGUCGGAGAUCUUGGAGAGCUUCGACACGCCCAGCACUCCGAUACCAUCGUUCGAGUACAAGUGA